GAUUGCCCUUGUGAUGGAUUCCUUCACAGAUAUUGAUAUCUUUGGUGACCUUCAGGAUGCCUAUAACAACCGCAAAGUCCCUGUCUAUAUCCUUCUUGACCAGGACUUUCUACCCCAUUUCUUGGAAAUGUGCAAGAAUUUGGGAGUUUGUCCAGAGCAGGAAAGUCUGAUGAGAGUUCGAACUCUGACGGGGAACAUAUACUGCUUGAGGUCAGGUGCCAAAAUUGUUGGGAAAGUCCAUGAGAAGUUCAUGUUAAUUGAUGGCAUUAGAGUGACAACAGGCUCCUACAGUUUCACGUGGUCUGAUGGGAAGCUGAACAGCAGUAACUUGCUGCUAUUGUCAGGUCAAGUGGUUGAACAUUUUGACCUCCAGUUCAGGAUUCUUUAUGCCCAGUCGAUGCCCAUCAGCCCUAAGUGGCCGUCCAGCUGCAGGAACAGUGGGAUGUUUGAUCACCUGGUGAAGAGAAUAGAGUCCCCUAAAGAAUAUACUGUGGAAGGCAACUUGAGAGCAGAAUUUGCCAGACUGUCUAGUACUCCAAAGAAAUUGCUGAAAGGACUAGAUCAGGCUGAAGAUAUUCCUGGAGGCAAACCUUGUAACCUGGGCCAUUCUUGCCUCUGUGAAGAGGAGUGGUUCAGUGGUCAAGAGGCCAUAGUGGAACGGAAAAGCGCAUCGACUCAAACUGGCCUGUGGGAAGAGAAGCCUGUAGCGACCGCAUGUAAUGCUGCCACGCAGACCAGUUCGGCAACAGCAGAAACUGGCACACAGGCUUCUGUCACUGCUAGAAUGACAGGCACUCAGACUUCAGUUUUGCUUGCUAAUGAAAACUUUUUGGAACUGAUGAGAGUUCGAACUCUGACGGGGAACAUAUACUGCUUGAGGUCAGGUGCCAAAAUUGUUGGGAAAGUCCAUGAGAAGUUCAUGUUAAUUGAUGGCAUUAGAGUGACAACAGGCUCCUACAGUUUCACGUGGUCUGAUGGGAAGCUGAACAGCAGUAACUUGCUGCUAUUGUCAGGUCAAGUGGUUGAACAUUUUGACCUCCAGUUCAGGAUUCUUUAUGCCCAGUCGAUGCCCAUCAGCCCUAAGUGGCCGUCCAGCUGCAGGAACAGUGGGAUGUUUGAUCACCUGGUGAAGAGAAUAGAGUCCCCUAAAGAAUAUACUGUGGAAGGCAACUUGAGAGCAGAAUUUGCCAGACUGUCUAGUACUCCAAAGAAAUUGCUGAAAGGACUAGAUCAGGCUGAAGAUAUUCCUGGAGGCAAACCUUGUAACCUGGGCCAUUCUUGCCUCUGUGAAGAGGAGUGGUUCAGUGGUCAAGAGGCCAUAGUGGAACGGAAAAGCGCAUCGACUCAAACUGGCCUGUGGGAAGAGAAGCCUGUAGCGACCGCAUGUAAUGCUGCCACGCAGACCAGUUCGGCAACAGCAGAAACUGGCACACAGGCUUCUGUCACUGCUAGAAUGACGGGCACUCAGACUUCAGUUUUGCUGAAGACUGCAGUGACACAGACGAGGGAAGGUGAGUACACAGAAACACCCCUGCUUCACAGAAAGCUGUCAAAAGAAGGAUCUUCUCUGUCUGGAAAGGCUGUAUCGAGUUCUAGUCUGCGAUCACUGUCUUCGUCAUCGUCCCAGUGCUCCCUUGCAAGCUCUACCGGCUCACUGUCUUCCCUCCGGUCCUUUGAAUAUUCUAGCAGUCACAGGGCAGAAUAUUUCCAAAAACUGCAUAAAGAGAGGCAAUUCCACUACUCCACUAUCAGGUCGAAGCUUAGCCACAUGGUGGAUAUCCUGUCCCGGAGGGGACGUGUACCUGAAAACUACAUGACCCGAUACACUGGCAGAUGCAAUCUAAAACAGAGGCGUGACAUCAGUGCCAGCCUGCGCAGCCUCCGGGACGUUUCACUCUUUUCUCUGAAUAAAUGAAUACAGCACCGAAUGCAGAACACAAGCUCUAGUUGCAAACUGCAGUCACUUUGUACCUGCUGAUUCUUUCACUUCCUUCCAGCACUUUACUUUUUCAAUACAUGUGUACAUCUCUCUCCAGCACUUUGUUUUAUACUAUGCAAUUUAAGUAAUUAAAAAAAAAAAAGAGGGCUUUUUUUAUACUGUAACUACUUACAUGUUCCUCUUGCAUGCAUUAGUGGUGAAGGUUCACUUUAAUUCUGGAUGUUUAACCUGAGCAGUAAACUUAUUACUGCUUUCUAGGGUUGCUAAUGAUCUGGCUUUAAUUUAUGUAAAUUUGGAAAAACCUGAGUUGGGCUGAUCUUUCUCAGAGUGGCUUUGGAGAUUUAGCUUACAUCAAGGUAUACUCGAUUUUUAUUUUUUUUAUUAUUGGCUUUUAUUUCUAUGUUAUCUUUGGCAUGAGGGGAAACAACUUUUAUGAAGAGCCAUAAAGCUAAUUUUAUUUGAAGUCUGACUUCAGAGAUAUAUCCAUUACUCUUCGACUAAAGUUGCGAAGGGUCUGUUGGAGAAGUUGCAGGUUCUUACCUUCAACUGUAGCCUUUUUCCAUUGUUUAAGCCUUCUGAAAUGGACUCAGCUAAUUUGCUCUUCAGUUUGAUCAUCCUCUUGUGCCUUUGUCUAGAGAUAGAAAGAGAUAUAAAUAUAUAUAAAGUGUGUGUGUAUAUACACACACAUUCUCAGAAGAGCAUCUUUUUAAAAACAAGACUAGAAAGUAGCAACUUAACACUCCAAAACAGCUGUACCCAUUUUAGGUACGGCCCUGAUGUAAAUGUUUCUAGUAUUUGUAACUAAGUUAGAUAUAUUGGCCCUGUAAGACUAUUAAUGGGAAUUUAUUGCUGAAGUGUUGUUUUUUUGUGCUUUUGAGUGGGAGAUGAGGUGACAUCUGGAGUUCAGUGUCUUGCUGCAGCAUACCUCGUUGUACUUCUCCUUUGGGUGACUUCAAAGAACUUUGUCUCUUGUGCAACUUGUUACACAGAAUUAAGACUUUUCGUUUUAGCACUGUAAAAUGAGCUUCCAAUUCUGGCUCAGUCGAGGAAUGUCUGAACCAUCUUGCUUCUGUUAAGAGACCUGCAAACAGCUUCCUUCUUUGGAGUGAACUUGGAGGCGAGACAAUCACUGAGGCACGUGACAAAGCCCCUGUUCAAAAGUAAACUGACAAAUGCACUACGAAUGUUAUGGGUUAUGUUUGCUGAUAUUAUAGUACAAGUAAGUGUGUGUGUGUGGGGAAAAACCCCAUUUUUCUCUUUUGACUGUCCUAUCUGAAAUACUCUGUUUACUGUUCAGUUUAUCCACUACUAACUUAGUUUGGAGGGCUGAAGUGCCACUCUAGUUUUUGAAAACACUCUAAUUUCAAUAUUAAAUGGAGUUUAGGCUAGGUUGCUUUGCAGAGACAUUAUCUGUACAUUUACUAGCGGUAUUCUGUGCAUGUGUAUACCCAUGUCUGUGCUUGCUGGAUCCCUUAUCUGAGCAGCGUGUGUGGAUCCUCUCUCUGAGCAACGACCUGUACUUUAGACCUGCGUCCCAGUGCUUCAGUAACCAGCCAGCCACUGACUUGACUUGGGCAGAAUUCAGUCUGGGUUACGUAUUUUCUUCUUAUUUAUGGGCGUGUGUGUCCAGCACAUUCCAGCUAUUGUCUUCAAUAUUCCAGUAAGCAGCAAUGACUGAGUGAAUAAAGAGAAAAGUAUCCAAAACUCAAGGCUGCACUUUAGUGAAGAGAGCAAUGCUUUAUUCUACUACCUUUGCCAUUUCUCUCUCUGAAAUCUGUAUGAACAAAGAGGCUUAGCUAC